AUGGCUCAACCUACCAAACGUCGUCGCAUCGACCCAGCGGCCACCCUGUCUAAGCCGUUCAAGUCUCCUUUGCGCCGAUCCGCCCCUACCACUGAUGCGCAACCCUCCACACCAACCCCAAAAACCGAAGAACCAAUUCCCUCUGUACCCCAAGAGCUCUCAAAAGAAACAAAUUCAUCCAUACCAGACACUCCGAUGCCGACCAAGCGCAAAUCAAUCCUCAAUCCUCUGCCCCAUACCCCAAAGUCGUUCCAAGCAGCAGACCCCGACAUCAUCGCGCUCCAAAAACAGCAACGUGCCAUACAGUCACGGCUAGCCGCGCUGCGCUCAGAACUCGACCAGGCAAAACAAGCUCUCGGACUUGAGACGUCAGAUAAAGAUACCGAACUUGAAGCUUUGAUUGUCAAAUGGCGCCUUAUCAGCCAGAACGCUGCCGAUGAAGCCUUUACAAGCGCCGAAGAGCGAGUCAAACGUAUGGGUGGGAUGACUGUGUGGAAGGAGCAGUCGAAGCGGGAUUCGACUCGGUGGGAAUGUGACGAGGAGAAGCGUGAGGUGGAGCACGUUGAUGACGAGAUUGAUCCACGAGAGAUUGAAGAACCAGAUGACCAAGGCACUGCAGUUAAUGAGGACACCGAUGAAGAGUUUACUAUGGAGUUCAUGUUGAAGACGUUGCACAUUGAUCCCAAAUUGAUCGGCUACGAUACGAAGGCUCAACGAUGGAUCAAGACCGUUGCCAUCCCCGCAUUUGUCUUCUUCUACUGCUGCAUGUCGCGCCCACUGAAGCAUAGAGAUAUAGCCUGCGCUCGCUGCUUCCGACUAAAGCGCAAAUGUGACCAUGCAAAACCAUCUUGCAGCGAGUGUCGCCGCAAAGGUGCUGAAUGCCUGCCCGCGAGGUCUCGAAAAGCGGGCGAUAACAUUACCAUUCCGCUCAGUUAUCUGAAACAGUUGGAGGCACGAGUCGCAGAGCUAGGUCGUCCCAGUCAAACUGCGCCUUUGCAGAACACCUGCGAUGUUGGAGUUCAGACCGAUAUCGACUUGGGUUUCGAUGCGCAGCAAUCGCUAACUGGCCCCGAUAUCAGUGAACUUAAUAAUGCUCUUACAUUCCCCGGGGUACAAUUGGCUAGUCCAAAGCUAUGGCGAACGCCUGGCUACCUCUCACCGGAUUCAUUCUCCGCCUUUUUCGAUAUCCCGUGGAUGGACAUGGCCCCGUUGACUCCAUUCGCUUCCGACGAUACCCCAUGGCUGAAAGAGCUCUACGCAAACAUGUAUUUCUCGGUCACUCAUCGUGAGUGGCCCUUUUUGGAUGAGGCCAUCUGGAAAUCUUGGCAUACCAACGGGGUUUCCGAUGGACAGGAUGAAUGGAGAGCAUUCUUCUUGCAAAUGGUUUAUGCAAUUGGUGCAUCUCUAUUCAGCACUCUGCAGCGAGAUACUUCGCAUUCAUUCCGCUCCAAAGAGUUCUAUACUUCGGCAAUGAGGUACUAUCCCCAUGUUGUCGGACAUUCAUCCAUGCUGUUACAAAUACAAGCUUCGUUGUUGAUGAUUCUAUAUGCGUUGCAUUCUCCUUCAUCAGAGGAGAUAACGACCAGCGUGGGCUCCGUUCUACCCUUCUGUGUGGCCACAAUGGCCGAAAUUCGAAAACAUGCAGCUUUGUCAAGUGAAAUUGGAUCGGGGACUGGGGUCGAUGACGUUCUCCUGGAGAAGAUGUUCAUCACAUGUUAUAUGCUUAACGAGGUCAUUGUUUCUGGCUGGGACAGGCCGGUGUCUGCUGCGUAUCGAGUCGUGGAUGAUGAUAUGUGUUCUCUCGGAGAUACACUCCAGCCUGCACUGGGUAUUAAUCCUGCUCUGAGUCACCUGUUUAGGCUUCGCAAGAUUCAAGCAAAUAUAAGAAGAUCUAGGGAAGCAUUGCCUUGCCAAGAUCUCGUCGGAGACUUCAAAAGCCGUCUGUCAUUGUUCAAACCAGCAUUGGACAGCUGGAGACAGGAUAUACCACAGAAUGCUUUGAAAAACGUUCAAAGCGGAUAUCUCCAUCCGAUAUGGAUGCAGAAGCUGUACGAUUACAGUUUAUUGAUUUUAGGCGAAGGGACAAGGGAAUUCACCGAGAUGGACGGGAUGAAAGACAUGGUUGCUGCAAUCGUGGAUGUCUGCCUCAACUUCAGGAUGCUACAGGAAGAGGGACAUGUGAUGUGCUAUACAUGGUCUGCACUCGUUUUCCAGUUCCGUGCAGGAAUUAUGCUUCUCUAUAUUGCUUGGACGACAAGAUCCAUGUCUGAUUGUAGAGAUCAACAGAUCCAACAGUCGAUUCAACAAGCUAUCUCUACGUGCACGACGAACCUGACUGUUUUUGGUGACCGUUGGACGGAUGCGAUGCCCUAUCUACGCGUGUUUGAGUUCCUACACCAGAAGAUUUUGCAGCCUGGAGAUGCAUUUGAAGUUGAAAAUGAGACUGUGGUCUCACUUGAAGAAGCUGAGUUGAAUUUGGGGCAAUUGAAAAAGAGGUACCUACAUCGCGCGGUGCUCGGCAUGAUAGAGGAUAUGAUGUAUGGUGGAAUUGUACAAGAAGAGCUCCUGGAGGAUGAUUUGAUGGAGUUUGUCCAAGGUGAAAGAGACGAGCAUGAUCUCAGCAUUGUACAUUGA